AUGUCCAGCUCCACUCGUGUCCAACGGAGGACAGGGUUGGGACAUGUGCUGCUGGUGAUCAUUGGAGUGACAGAAUGGACGGUUUUAUCUGCAGGGACGAGCUACAAGCAGAGUGUCCCCCGAGUCAAACUGAGCUAUAAAGACCUGGUGCAGGCUGGCAGUGUCUCCAUGAUCCUGGGGCCUUCAGAUGGACUCCACUCCCAUACACUGCUGCUCGACGAGGAAAGGGGCCGACUGCUGCUAGGGGCCCGUGAUCACAUCUACCUGCUGGACCCUGACAAUCCAGACAAAGCUCCCAGGAAGAUCCAUUGGCCAGCCUCCAGGGAGCGUGUCGACAUGUGCAGACAGGCUGGCAAAAACCCAAAUCUGGAAUGUGCCAACUUUGUUCGGGUUCUGCACAACUACAACCACACACACCUGUACACCUGCGGGACUGGGGCCUUCCAUCCCAUCUGUGCCUACCUCCGCAUCACUGGAAAUACACAGGACGGGGAGUUCCAGCUGCUGUCUGACACAGAGGAAUCAGGCAGGCUCAAGUGUCCCUUUGACCCUGUACAGCCCUUCACCUCAGUACUCACAGAUCAGUUCCUGUACUCGGGCACCUCUUCAGACUUCCUGGGUAAAGACGCCUCCUUCACUCGCUCCCUGGGCCCAGCUCCAGACCAGCACUACAUUAGGACGGAGAUCUCACAGGACUACUGGAUCAAUGAGGCUAAGUUCAUCUCCGCUCACUCCAUCUCUGACACGUACAGCCCGGAUGACGACAAGAUCUACUUUUUCUUCCGUGAGGCGUCCAGAGAGGGCAGUGACAAGACCAUCGUGUCCCGCGUGGCCCGAGUCUGCAAGAAUGACAUGGGAGGGCUGAGGAGUCUGACCCAUAAGUGGACCACGUUCUUAAAGGCUCGGCUCGUCUGCUCUGUGCCCGGGGAGGACGGAGUGGACACACACUUCGACCAGCUGCAGGACGUCUUUAUGCUCCCGAGUAGAGACGAAAAGAACCCUAAAGUCUACGCUGUCUUCACCACCUCCAGCUCCCUGUUCCCUGGGUCAGCAGUGUGUGUGUACAGUAUGUCUGACAUCCGAGCGGUGUUUAACGGCCCCUACGCCCACAAAGAGAGCCCUGACCACAGAUGGGUGGAAUACGAAGGACGUAUACCUUACCCCCGCCCCGGAACCUGUCCAAGUAAGACCUAUGACCCUCGCAUAAAGAGCACGAAGGACUUCCCUGACGAGGUGGUGGGCUUCAUGCGCAUGCAUCCCCUCAUGCAGCGCACCGUGUCUCCAGUAGGGGGCAGACCAGUGUUUACGCGGCUCAGGGCGGACUACACCCUCACACACAUCCGCGUGGACAAGGUCACGGCGGAGGAUGGUCACUAUGAGGUCAUGUUUUUGGGAACAGAUGUGGGCUCAGUGCUGAAGGUGGUGUCCAUCUCUCAAGAGAACUGGGCCACAGAGGAGGUCAUCCUGGAGGAGCUGCAGGUCUUUCAGACUCCCAGUCCCAUCCUGAGCAUGGAGAUCUCUUCUAAACAGCAAGUGCUGUUGGUGGGCUCGGCUCUAGCCCUGUCCCGGGUCUCUUUAAGCCGCUGUCCUGUGUACGGUCAGGCCUGUGCUGAGUGCUGUUUGGCCCGAGACCCCUACUGCGCCUGGGACGGACACAGCUGUGCACGCUACAUCCCCGCAGCCAAGAGACGAGCCAGAAGACAGGACAUAAAGAACGGAGACCCUGCCACACAGUGCUGGGACACAGAGGAUCGGAAAGGUUUGGAGGAGAAGCUGAUCUUUGGCGUUGAGAAGAACUCAACAUUUCUGGAGUGUGUGGCCAAAUCUCAGCAGGCUCAGAUCCUGUGGUACUUCCAGCGAGCGGGGUCAGAGCGCCGGGAGGAGAUCAAACCAGACGACCGCAUGCUCUUCACCACCCGAGGCCUCCUGAUCCGUUCCGUCCGGUCCUCAGACGCCGGAUCCUACACGUGCCUUGCCCAAGAGCACUCCCACUUCACCUACACCCUCCUCCGAAUCAAACUCCAGCUCGUAACACACGCACAGAUGGCCUCCAAGCCCACCGACGAAACCCACCUCAAAGCUGAAUCCAAGCAGCGCUACAAGGACUACCUCCGGGUGAUGAGCGCCCCCUACGGCUCGCUGGAGGAGUACUGCGACUCGCUGUGGCUGGAGAAGAGGCCGGCCCGGGCCAAAGGGAGAGGUGUAGGGGCAAGUAAGUGGAAGCACAUGCAGGAGAUGAAAAAGAACAGAAACAGAAGGCACCACGUGAAGGCGGAGGAGAUACGACGUUAAGCUAAUGACUUUGUUUGGGUACUAUUCAAAUAUGUUUCAGCUGUCCAUAGCACAAUUUCAAUGUUGGAAAUGUUGUUUUCUUUUUUAUUUAAUGUCAUGUUAUGUUAAAUUUACUUUUUUAAACUUGUGUGUUAUAAUGUUCUAUCUUGAAAAACAUUGAUUUUGUUUCUUUCACACUUGCUUAAAGAGCCUGUACUGUGCUAUUUUCUGAUCUGUUAUAAUGUUGUCUCCUCUGCAAAAACAUACCUGGAGUUGUGAUCUGUUUCAUUCACACAGGUUUAACACAUAAACCUGGCAUAUUUAAGCAGAAAACACUGUUCAACCUUGUGAUGUCAUGUGGUAAUACAGGAAGUGCUCCAUACACCUUCUCUCUACUGAACAAAAAGGUAAAUGUAGCUGUUAAAGAUGAUGUAACUUUUUGGUUGGGGGUCUGUUACCUGCUUGUUUCCAUGGAUAUGUCAAUGCUCUGCCUGGAAUGUUCCAUAGUAUGACAUUAAAUAGCUCUACCCUACAUGUAUUAAAUUACAGGUAGAUGUAUAGCUCAAAAACACCUAGAAAAACAGGCAAAGACUGUUAGCGGGGUGGCCUCUUCACAGAUCUGAUGUGUAAGUUGGUCUGGUCUCCAUAGAAAAUACAAAGGUUUAAUACCACACUGUAAACCAUUCCAGAUGAAGCUAUAACAUAACAAGUAUUUGACUGAGCCUCCACCAGAAAAGCUACACAAUGCACCUUUAACAAAAAAAAAACAAAAAAAAAAAAACACGACUCUAGGUGUGACAUUUUUCCAUAAUAUAGGACCUUUAAUAUCCUGUUAUGUUAAAAUGACUUUUGAGCUUGUGGUAACAUGGCAUAAUGUUCCAUCUUGAAAAACAUACCUUCAGUACGUUGACAGUUUUAAAGCGGGAUACAAUUUCUUUUUUGUGAUCAUUAUUGUAGGAUUUAAACACAUCUGAAACACAUCUGAGUGUAAAUAUGUGACGUGUACAGGAGCAUGCCUAGUUUACUCCAUUACUAAACUGUAUGAAUAAAAUGAUAAUGUUUUGUUUUGAUAUAAUAUUUUUGUACAAAUGUGUCACUGAUUGUAGCUCAAGCUGAUGGAUUCUUUUGGAUAAUUUAAUAAAUGUG